AUGGCCGCUCCUAAGACUCGAUUGAUUUUUGAAGAAUACGACGACUGCGAUUCCGUCAACACUGAUAGUACUGCCGAGAGUGAAGCCAAAGAUGAGUACAGUGUUGAAAAGAGAGACAUCAAAGCAGGCAAAGAAAAGCCCUUCAUGGUAUCCAAAUUCGAGGAUGCCGUAGAGGAAUACGAGAAGAAACGCGAGAAGAGACAUGCAAGACGCGAGGAAAAGCGUCGCAAGAAGGCUUUGUCACGUACAUCGCCCACAAAAUCUCGUGGAUCCACGCCUCGCCGUCGUCUCGUUCCGAAAAAGACAUUAAUCAAGAAGGGACUCGCAAGGAAGGCAGAACGUAUCGAGUCUCUUUCGGAGUCACCCAGAAGACAGCUCACUCCCCUCUUCGAGCCAUCUACGCCUGAUGGGUCAACUGGCCUCAAACGUAAAAGGUCCCAGGCCAACUCGCGCUCACCUUCUCCAGCGUUGUCGGUCAAUGAUCCUUCGAACUCGCAGUAUUCCAUGUUCAACGAGACGUCGACAGAAAGCCCGCGCGCUUCCUCUACGCAUUCAACAACUGCAUCAAUAAGGACACGCGUAGUUGACCCCAUCAAUCCAGCAAAAUCCACUGGAAAGAUAUCCAAACCGCAACCAGGCAUAGCAUCAAAUGUUGCUUUAAACAAACACAAAGGAUCGAAUGUCGUCUCUGGUCUUCCUAAAAAGCCUCGGUUGAACGAAACUCCCGUCGCACGUAGUACAGCCGUAGGUAGCUCAGCAAGGCCUCAACCGUCUGAACUGGCAAAGUCUUCUGGCACAGCCAUCCACCGCCGUGCUUCAGAUGGAACACCGGCCUCAGCACUAGUCAGGCCAAAGAACACCUCCAACAAUGCAGCGACUGAGAAUCGAUCGGACCCAAGCACUUCCGCUGAUAAAACUGUCCCAAAGACCAUACCCCGACUUGCCGGUCCUUCUCGACUAAAGCCACCAAUAAACAUCUUCAUUGGUUCAAAGGUCAGACCCAGACAACGCACGCGAGUUAGUGAGUACACACCUAAGGACUCCACCGACCCUCAAUUCGUAAACUUGUCUACAAGGUCACGAAUGCAAAGUUACAGCCACAACGAACCGGCUCCCGAUCCAAAUGCUCUGAAAUUUAUCGAUCCGAGCACCGGAAAAUUUAUAGACAAAACAGUACAUGGCCUGUCCACGUCGAAUAGCUCGCAAAUAGAGAUCGAUGUAGCCAGAGGAUCCGAUUCGGUCGGCUCAGCAACGGCAUCGAUGUCGGCGCCUGCUUUGCCAAAUCGAUCUGUCGCAAUGUCUGAGCCCCAUUGGGAGCCUCUCAACGGACGCAUAACACCCCAAUCAGCACAGGUAGCUGACUCUAGGCCUGCGUAUUUAUCCGCGCAGCCUAGUGACAUAGCACGCCCGAGCAGGAAACGCAUAACUUGCCGAUUCUGGUAUAGAGGCACGUGCAAACAUUCUGAGGCAGAUUGUCACCACGCACACGCUUUGACGGGUCAACUGGAUCCUAAAAAGCCUGCUACCUGUUCGUUCUGGGAGAAGAGUCGAUGCAGAUUUAAUGACGAAGAGUGCGAAUAUUAUCAUGGCUACGACUUUGAACAGCAGUCUAAUAGCACUAGAAGUGGAGCUGUUGAGGAUUACAAUGGCUUCAAGGCCAUACAACAGGCACGAAAGCGUUCAGAGAGUCCCGAUCGCUACGGAUUACGUCAGGCCGAGGUCGAAGGACCUAGGGAGCGACCUAGCUUGCCACACGUAAGCAGUCGUCUUGACGAGCGAGCUUCAGUCUUGUCGCCUUCUAUGACAUCGACUGCGUCGUUCGAGACUACAAGAAACCCUGCAAGAGAUCCUCCUGCGGAAAACAUUGGAACUGAUGUAGCAACCCUCGACACGGCUCCUAGCUUUGACGUUGCCAUGCCAGAUGUUCAAGAUGAAGAGAUUCUAGGUCCCAUAGACAUUCGUCUUAGCAUUAAGCCCGCUACUCCGCCUGCUUAUGCCAUGGAUAUCAGGCUAAGUUUCGACUCUGGCGCAGGUCGAACAAAAGCUCUCGACACGAUCGGAGCAAAUUCAACUCUCGAAGGCUCUGAACUGUGUCGCUCGCGUGACUUCGAGGCCCAUUGGUACUCAAGUGACAAAUCGUGGGCAUCAGGUGGUGCCACGUGUACUUCAGGGAACCCCGUGGCUAAGUAUCUAGAAGAGUUUCUGAUUCUACACUCUUCGGGAGUUGUCGCUCGAAUUGGCGGCUAUGUUCUUGUUGUUUACCCAACUCAGAAUCCGGAUUGGAAGUUCAUGCCACAUCGAGGCCCCGAAAAGCCUGGUCUGCGUUGGUAUCUUCAGGCAGCCAGUCCGGGCGCUCUAGAGCCCAUCGCUACCAAGCCAACCAAAAGCUCUUUCACCUCAAUGUGUGCUGAGCAUUUAGGUCUUGCCCCUGAAUUACUCUUUGCAGGCAACAAGGGCAAGAAGGUUGAAAAGGUCGUGUACCUCUUCUUUCCGAGAGAGGCGCCAGAGACUAAGCUUAUUGAAGCGUUCUUGGUUGAUGUUGGAGCCAAAUCCUUCCAUUCAGACGACACAGGCCUUUUCAAUCAGUUCUGUGGCAAAGGGACAACCGCCAACAGGGUGGUUCUCUUCCAUCCUUCCAUGAAUACAUUUUGGAAGUUGCCUGGAUUCUGGAAUGUUCUGGCGACCAGCAUCAACAUUUUUCAAGUUGGCAUUUCAAGGACCGUCAAAUUUCGCCCAGACUCACCCUUGGCAUACAACUGUACACGACUGUUUCCAAGUGGCACACUCACUCUCAUCACUGAUGACGUGUUCAAGUACCAACCAGCCCUAGCACUCCGAGUCUUGAAUGCCUUCGUAGGCUAUAAGAUCAAGCCUGAAGGUGGUCGAAACGACCGUAUUUACUGUCGACCUGGUAUUCUGGCGUGGCUCGCGGAGUUGAUAGACGAGGAUCGCGAGAAGAGUCUGCUUCCUGAAGAUUCACCCAGGGUCAAAUGCUGGCAUUUGGCCUGCGAGUUGCUCGGUACGCCCGUGGCUGACAACAAUCGCAACCCCUUCCGCGUCGACAUGUCACCGCCUUCCAUGCUCUAUUCGCCGCCUAAGAGCGAAAUGCCAACCUACGGUCCCUCGUGGGACAGCAGUGAAGAAGAGGCCACAGACUUUCUGGUCGGUUGGUUCGCAGGUCAUUGCGUCGACGAGUGCGAGAAUUACAGACGCUUCCAUGUCUUGUAUGAGCAGCAUGGCACUUCUGCCGCGCAGACACCUGGUCUCCUUCAACCUGAGAAUCCCAAGGAUCCAAGAGAGUGGAUGAAGAAGUUCACACAUCUCAAAGUUACAACGUCUGCUAGGUAUAUGGUGCACCUUGAGCAGUAUGAAAAGUCAAAGACCAUGCCCCAUUGA